CAGUUAAAUACUACUCUAGAUGGCGGACAUUAGCCCCGACGCACCGACCUGCCUACGCUGAAAUGUCUUCUACUCCCGCUCGACCCCCACUCGACGGCUCAAUCUCCAUCCUUCCGGGAUUCGUCGACUUCCAUGCUCAGCAUAAUCCUGAACGGCCCUGGGCCCUCUUGUCCGCUGGACCUGGACUGCCAGUGGACGCCGUCUCGUUUUUGGAGUUUGCUCGUGCCGCCGACAGAGUCGCCCACAAGCUCAGGCCAAACAGGUCAGGUCCCGACAACGAGGUUGUCGCCGUCCUCGUCAACUGCGACACAGUGUUGUAUCUCGCCUUGUUGGCAGGAAUGAUGAAAGCAGGCAUAGUGGUAUGUUCUAUCUUGACUUGGCUC